UGAAAAGCGGCGCUGCGGGGUGAAAGGCGGAGGUCGGCCGGGGGGGGCGACGGGGCUGCGCAUCAUGAAGUCGGCCGUGGUGCUGCUGGCCGGGCUGUUCGCGUUCACCGCCUAUUAUGUGUACCUGCCUUUGCCCAGCACCGUGUCGGAGCCCUGGCGGCUCAUGCUGCUGGAUGCAUCUUUCAGGGCGGCUCAGCAAUCGUGCAACCUGGCUCAUUACCUGGGGCUGGGUCAUCACUUGAGGAUUCUGAACUUCAUCAUUGGUACCUUUGACAAGCUGAACCUCCAGUAUGUGGAACAGGAACAGGUGAAGAUCACAGAUACUCAGUUUGAUGGCGUGGAGGUCAGGGUGUAUGAACCUGCAAAGGCAGAGGAGAACCUCAGGCGCGGUGUGGUCUACAUCCACGGAGGAGGCUGGGCCUUGUCCAGUACGAGAGGAAGCUUUUAUAACAAUCUCUGCUCGGUAAUGGCCAAGUCUCUGGAUGCCGUGGUCGUCUCCAUUGAGUACCGACUCGUGCCCGAUUUCCAUUUCCCGGUGCAGUUCAAUGAUGUCCUCCAUGCCGCGAGGCACUUCAUGCAGCCCGAGAUCCUGGCUCAGUAUUCAGUCGACCCCGGCAGAGUUGCAAUUUCUGGUGACAGCGCAGGAGGAAACCUGGCAGCGGCCGUGUGCCAAGAGAUGAGUCAAGAUCAAAACGAAACUGGCAGGUUUAAACUGCAGGCUCUCGUCUACCCCGUCCUUCAAGCAUUUGAUUUUAAUACUCCCUCCUAUCAGCAGAACGAGUUCACCCCCGUCCUGCCCCGAUUUGUCAUGGUGAAGUUCUGGAUAGACUAUUUCAACGGGAACCGUGAGUUUGCCCACUCCCUGGUAGUCAACAAUCACACUUCCCUGGACGUGGGCCAGGCCAGUUCUUUCAGGGACCGCGUGGACUGGACUUCCCUCAUCACUCCUCGUCUCAGAAAGACCUACAGACCUGUAACCCCCACGACAGGGAGAGUGGAAAUCCUGCAGGCUAUCCCUUCGUUACUCAAUGUCCGCGCCGCUCCGUUGCUAGCUGAGAAACAGGUUCUCCGGCUCCAGCCGAAGACGUACAUCCUGACUUGCGAGAUUGACGUUCUGAGGGACGACGGGAUCAUGUACGCCAAACGGCUGGAGGACGCGGGGGUGGAGAUAACCCUGGACCACAUCGAAGACUGCUUUCACGGCUGCAUGAUCUUCACCAUCUGGCCGACCCACUUUUCGGCAGGAAUCCGCACCAGGGACCGCUAUAUCAAAUGGCUUCACGAAAAUCUGUGAAGGACGCCUUCUGGGCGAAAACAAAACUGUAGCAGGCUCCGAAUGCCAUGAGCUCCUUUAACACAAGCUCGUGCCAUCUUUUCUUUUCUUUUCUUUUCCAAUGAGAUUUAAGUUGCACUGUCAGGGUGUGCCACUAACGCCUCGUCUCGAGUCCCUUGGGCUUUUAUGCCACUCUUUCUGACCCCCAAACGCGUUAGCAGGAAGCAAGCUGUGUUCAAGUCAAGGUGACCUCUCAAGCCACCCGCUGGGUGCAUUUCAAAUAGCAGCGCUGUCAGGCAGCCCCUGGUGGGGUUUUCAAGGUCACAGAAGAGCAAAGGUUGCUGGCCCUUGCUUCCCGUGGCAACGCUGGUCUUCCGUGGCGGUCUCCCAUGCAAGUACUAACCAUGGCUGACCCUGCUUAGCUUCUGAGCUCCGAUGCGCUUUGGGC